CGCCUGGGGGCUCAGUCCAUCCCUCCUCAGGGAAGGUCAGUGUUUCUGAAAGGAGUUGGGUUCUCCUGGAGAGCCACGCUGAGGAAUCCUCUUCCCUGCUACUAAUUCUUCCCCUUCGCAUGUCCAAACAGCACACCUCAGGCUGUGAAGGGUAUAAUAAAAUUAUUUUUAUUGCAUUUUGUGCAGACAGGAGUCUAAAAAAUACAGUAAAAGCUAUAAAGCAUUAAAUGGGAGCAUUCAACAGUAAAGGAAAGACCAACCCUCUCCUUUUCAUAUUGGCACAAAAAAAAACACAAGGUCGGUACUGAGGCAGAAUGCGGAAUACUGAAACACUGAAAAUUAAAGGCAGGCCUAAUAAUAGUAAUAAAUACUCUUGAUUUGGUUUGCAAUCUCUCCUAUUUACAAGGGUUUUCAACUUCAUUGCAUUGCCCUGCACGUAGAUCGUCCAAAACAAAAGCAAUACUAGUUAUCACUACAAGGCUAUUGAAAUAUUGCACUCAAGAGUAAAAGUCACUUGGACAUGAAACAUCUAGCUACAAUGAUUAUAAAGAUAAUUUGAUGAAUGACAUAACAUUCAUAACAAAUAUUGCACAUGUAGCACAGAAAACUUGGGUUUUUGUUGUAGGAUGUUUGUUUUCAACCAUGGAAACUGCUCUUGCCAACCUGACAGUCUGGGCCCAGAUAAUGCAACUUUGGUUCCCUAAUUGGUGUUGAUACAACCCCUCCCCCUUCUUCCCAUCCCACCACUUCAGCCUGAGUGCUCAGGCUCAGGAGGCUAGACCAAGUUGUGAUUCUCAGAGGUCUUUUGGAGGAAGGGGUCAGGGGAGCUGGUGUCUAAUAUCCGACUUUCUGAUUACUGCCUGGAAGAGUCUAUCCACCCCCCUCAGCAAGUGUCAGAUGGGCCUUGGCCUGUCAGACACCCAGACCUACCUCUAGCCACAGCUGGCCCAGUCAAGCUGGCACCAGCUCCAGUUCUUUGCCUACAGCUCAAAGGAAAGGAGGUGGUGAGGUCAGGAGUGCCAGUAGCCCCAGCUCUGGGAGCUGGGCCGGAUGUCUAACAAGGUGUGAAGGUCAGGGCCCUGGCGCUGGAGGUACUGGACCCAGUCAGUCCCAGAGGGCACCGGAAGGAGCAUGCAGUGCCUGUCCCCCUUAGUAAUGUGCCCUGGGAGAAGAGCCUGGCCAGUGCACCUUCUCUACAGAGCAGAAGUGUCGAAGACUGCAGCUGGAGUAGCCAAAGGCCUUGGGUCCUAGUGGGAGGGGGGUAGAGAGGCGCUCAGAACAAAGCACACCGGACCGCAGGCCCCAUCCAGCUAGAGGCCGCUGCUAAACAGCGAGGGCCCGCCCUGGGGCGCUCAGAAAGGUGGCUGGGUCCCCGGGGCUGGAGCUGCCUAAUGGGAUGGGGGAGGAGGGCAGACUUCAGGGGCACUUCAGGGGCAGCGCUGGGACCACCCCGUGGGUACGCACCUGCACCGAAAUCGCUCCCCUCCUCCCUCACCAGUCCCAGAAAGAAAACUCCGGGCGGGGACCGCCCUCCAGCUCCCAGGUGUGUCUUUGGCGAGGAGCCACGGGAUUGGGGGAGCAGCCGACUGAGGAGAGGUGCCUGCUCCCAGCGAAGGCACCGGGCCGGGGCUCCCUGGGUGGGGCGUGGCCCCCCUCUCUGCCUGAGAAGCACCCCCGCCCCCAAUCCCGGCCCCAGCUUGCAGAAAAGCCGCGACGGGGCCGCACGCGUCUCUACAGCCGCAGGGCAAGCUCCGGUCCGCUGGGAGGCGAAUCCAAGAAAAGCUGGACGCUCGUCUCCCUCAUCUUCUCCGAAAAGAGCCGGAGGGAAGGAUCGGAAGCCGGGGGCGCGCGGAAAGGGAGAGGCGAGAGGGGCCGGGGUGUGGAGGGACCAGGACCAGGACUCCCGCCCGGGCCUAAAGCACUUUUGCUCCCAAACGCUCGGAUUCCAGGAAAAUGCAGCCGCCGCCGGGCAGCCGGGCAAGCGAAGUCCGUUGCGCUUCCAGUCACAGGGAUGUGGGGACGUUAAAAAUACACGCGAUGUCUCCUGUACACUAUGUAUAGGCUCAGCCGGCCCGCGGGAGGCUGGAGCGGCGGCCACCCCACCCCCGCCCGCCGGAGCCCGCCGCUGUGCCGCGGAGGGCAGAGCAGGACCGGCCGGGACCGGGCGGGGGGAGGGGGUGAAAGAAGGGGCCACGCGGACCCCUGGGGGUCCUCAAAGCCCCAGCUCCUCGCCGCGCCCCCUCCCGACCUUUAUUGCAGCGUCUCCUCCUCCAGUGCGGCCAAGGCCCGGCUUAGGAACCGGGCAGCAGCUGCAGCCGAGGAGACCGCGCGCCUGCCGGGCUCUGCCCUCCACGUGGAGGCGGUCCCCUCCGAGGCAGCCCGGGCGGACGAACGGACGGACGGACGGACGGGGCCUCGGACCUCAGGCGGCGGGGGAAGGGCCAGGGCGCGGGGUCUGUAUGUAA